AUGGCAAUAACUGCUGAUCACAUCCGGGAUAAACUCAUGAAAGAGCUCCCAGCGUCACAUGUGGAUGUGGAGGAUACGUCUCCUAACAGAUGUGCUGCCAGCUUCAAAGUCCUGGUGGUUUCAUCGCAGUUUGAGGGAAAACCACUGCUGCAGAGACACAGGAUGGUGAACACGUGUCUGGCCGAGGAGCUGAAGGAGAUUCAUGCAUUGAACAGGAAGACGCUGACGCCGGAACAGUGGGAGAAGCAGAAGUCUCAGUGAGAUCUGUCUCGCUUCAUUCCCUGGAGUUUAGCACUGUUACCAUCAAACACAUCUGAAAACUUCUCCUCACUUUAAAGAGAUGCUGUCACAGAAAACCACCAUUAAAAUACUUGAU